GAAUCCUUGGAGAAGGAGAAACUCCUACUUGCUGCUCCAUGCGGAGAGGUGUGGAACGUUUUGCCAACGUGGGCUGCGUUCUUGCGUGGAGGCAAACGCGUUUGCGCUUUCGCACCUGAGGCCUAGCUGGCCUUCAGUGGCCUAGAGUUUAGGUUUUUGCAGUGGCGCAAGGGCUCGCGGCUAGCCGCGUAGCGUCCUGACCCGGCCUCACCAUGUUGGUCCUGUUUGAAACGUCCGUUGGCUACGCCAUCUUUAAGGUUCUGAAUGAGAAGAAACUUCAAGAGGUUGACAGUUUGUGGAAAGAAUUUGAAACGCCAGAGAAAGCAAAUAAAAUAGUAAAGCUAAAACAUUUUGAAAAAUUUCAGGAUACAGCGGAAGCAUUAGCAGCAUUCACAGCUCUGAUGGAGGGGAAAAUCAAUAAGCAGCUGAAGAAAGUUCUGAAGAAAAUAGUAAAAGAAGCCCAUGAACCUCUGGCUGUAGCUGACGCUAAACUAGGAGGUGUCAUAAAGGAAAAAUUAAAUCUCAGCUGUAUCCAUAGUCCUGUUGUUAAUGAACUUAUGAGAGGAAUCCGAUCGCAAAUGGAUGGCUUGAUUCCUGGGGUAGAACCACGUGAGAUGGCAGCGAUGUGUCUGGGAUUGGCCCACAGCCUGUCUCGAUACAGAUUGAAAUUCAGUGCUGAUAAAGUAGACACAAUGAUUGUUCAGGCAAUUUCCUUGCUAGAUGAUUUGGAUAAAGAACUAAACAACUACAUUAUGCGGUGUAGGGAGUGGUAUGGCUGGCACUUCCCUGAGUUAGGGAAAAUUAUUUCAGAUAAUUUGACUUACUGCAAGUGUUUACAGAAAGUUGGUGACAGGAGGAACUACGCCUCUGCCACUCUUUCUGAAUUGCUGUCAGAGGAAGUAGAAGCAGAAGUGAAAGCAGCUGCAGAGAUAUCUAUGGGGACAGAGGUUUCUGAAGAAGAUAUUUGCAACAUUCUCCAUCUGUGUACCCAGGUGAUUGAAAUUUCUGAAUAUAGAACUCAGCUGUAUGAAUAUCUACAAAAUCGAAUGAUGGCCAUUGCACCUAAUGUUACAGUUAUGGUUGGAGAGUUAGUUGGAGCCCGGCUUAUUGCUCAUGCAGGUUCUCUUUUGAAUUUGGCCAAGCAUGCAGCUUCUACAGUUCAGAUUCUUGGAGCAGAAAAGGCGCUUUUCAGGGCGCUCAAGUCUAGACGAGACACACCUAAGUACGGGCUCAUUUACCAUGCUUCUCUCGUGGGCCAGACCAGCCCCAAACACAAAGGGAAGAUCUCUCGGAUGCUGGCAGCCAAAACUGUUUUGGCUAUCCGAUAUGAUGCUUUUGGUGAAGAUUCCAGUUCUGCAAUGGGAGUUGAGAACAGAGCCAAAUUAGAGGCCAGAUUGAGAAUUUUGGAGGACAGAGGGAUAAGAAAAAUAAGUGGAACAGGAAAGGCAUUAGCAAAAGCAGAAAAGUAUGAACACAAAAGUGAAGUGAAGACUUAUGAUCCCUCUGGUGACUCCACACUUCCAACUUGUUCUAAAAAACGCAAAAUAGAAGAGGUAGAUAAAGAGGAUGAAAUUACUGAAAAGAAAGCAAAAAAAUCCAAGAUUAAAAUUAAAGCUGAAGUAGAGGAGGAGGUGGAGGAGGCAGAGGAGGAGGAAGAACAGGUAGUAGAAGAGGAGCCAUGUGUAAAGAAGAAAAAGAAGAAGGACAAGAAGAAACACAUUAAGGAGGAGCCACUCUCUGAGGAGGAGCCAUGCGCCAGCACAGCAAUUCCUAGUCCAGAGAAAAAGAAGAAAAAGAAAAAAAAGAAAGACGCUGACAACUAAUGGAAAGGAACUGUAACUCUGUCACCUGGUCGCAUCAUGCUUAAGAUUCAGUUGGGAGCAUAU